AUGGUCUUUUAUCAAUUUACAUUUAAUACUGUUCAUGAAGUGGUUGAUGGUGAGAUUAGAUUCAUUGGUAAGCAAUUCAAAGAUCUCCCUGAGAUGUACUCGCGUCAUACAAAGUCAAGAAUAAAAUUGAAGCUCGAGGAAGGUCGGUUCGGUGUUUGGAAGGAAGGAGUUGGUUACACUAAUGGUAUGCUUGGUACAUUACAGAACUGUGAAGCCAACACAUUGCUUUUCCCUGUUUCAUUGUACACAAAGGAUCCACCGGGUGUCUUCACUACUGCAGUAGAGGAAAACACUUACCACUUGGCCAGUGUAACUCAGAAACAUACUCUUUCUUCAUUCAAUUUGCUCAACAAUUUAAUCUCUAUUGAAUUGUUCUGUUGGCUGUUAUAUUUUACUUUACUUUUCAAGAUAUUUUCCAUUUCCAAUUUUGUUCAUUUACCUAAAUUAAUCCAUUUGAAAUACAGAUUAUACGGUGUCGUCUUUGAAGCUGUUAAGGCCAUUCUUACAGGACAUAUUCAUGGUUCAUCAAAAACAGUUUUUUUAUUGGCUUUUGCUUGUUUAUUAACAGCUCUAUUUGGUGCCAUUGUAAAUUCAUCUUUUAACACCAGUGCCAUUGUCAGGUCAACCAAGGAACAAGUGAAAAGCUUAUCGGAUAUCAUAAAGAUGAAUAAAAAUCCAUGGUUUUUUGAUGGCAUUUCCCAAUAUGAACUUUUUGAGGCUGGAGUUACACCUGAGUUUAGACAAGUAUAUGAAUAUGCAGUGAAAAAAGGAUUAGAAACGCCAAAAGAACUGGGUAAAAACUCAGGAAUUCAAUUGAGUCGUGACUGCUUGAAUGCUGUGGCUUUAGCAACAUUACAAGCCACUGAAUUCAUGGAAAUUUAUCUUGAAUAUAUUUGUUCCAUUAAGUUAGGAUCGCCUCAAUGCGUUUUUGUCUCGAACCCUUAUCACAAAGCAGUUAAGAUGAGUUUAAUCAAUCCAUGCACUGAUGGUCCCGUUGCUGAAGAGAUGAUUAGACGGGAUAAAUCUUUUUACUCUGUGCUUCUAGAAACUGGAAUCAACCUUCGAAGAAUGGAACUAAGUAGAAGUUAUACGAUUAAAUCCACUCUCUCGCUUUUGGGUUUGGAAACCAGAAGUCAAACAGACGAUUCCAAUCUUUAUUCAUUGUCUGCAUCUCCACUCAAUCUUUCCAAUUUUGAAGACUUAUUUAUAAUUCAAUUUUUCGCUGCAGUCAUGGCUUUAUUUAUCGAAUUUGGGAACCAAAUUUAUUACCGCUAUGUAAAACAAAUUUAA